CGCCAAGUUUACGUCGACGGAAAACAGCUGGAAAUGGAGGUGGAUUGCGGAGCAGCAGUUUCUGUGAUUAAUUCGGUUGUUUACGAGAAGAAGUUUAAGCAUAUCCCUUUGAUGAAGUGCGACCGGAAGCUAGCCGUAAUCAACGGAAGUCGGCUGAACGUUGAGGGGCAGAUUUCCGUCGAGGUUGUUUUCAACGGCAUCAGGAGUAACGUCAAGCUGAUCGUGCUUCGUUGUAGCAGUGUGUUUGCACCUCUUCUCGGGCGAGACUGGCUGGAUGUGUUUACUCCGCGCUGGAGAGAUGCUUUUGGAAUCAGCGCUGGGAUCAAGCAGCUGGACGUUUUUCAAGAUCAUAUGGUCGAGAAGUUUAAGCGUGUCCGUUGGGGCCGCGUUUACCUGGCCCACAGAAAUCAGAUUAAGGUAGCGCGUGGUGGCUACACCCGGGCGGUCUGCUGGUGGCGUCGAGGUACGAGAGAAUGCAGAAUCGAAAGAGAAGCCGCGAAGAAGAAGAAGACGAUGCCGACGAUGAAUUUUACGGGUUCGUCUCCGAUUCUUUCGUCUUCCACGAGCCGAUGGACGUCGACCAAGAAGGUUCUCGCGAGUUCGAUCCCCAGGAGGGUUCAUCAAGAAGUAUAA